GCGUCCGUUAUCGUACCUCCGGCAACUGGACGAAGACGCGAGAGUGAGAGAGAGGAAGGAAGGGAACGCUCCUUUAUUUUUCCCAUGUUUCCCUCCUUCGUGUGUGGAUUUUUCGAUUUGUGAACGUCGGGGAAGCAGGCUGAGACAUGCCACGGAAGUACAUCAAGAAACCCCCUAAAUGUAUGGAUGAAAAGACCAUAACUGCAGCAGCAAGGGAAUUUCUGAACAAGAAGGUGGACAUUGUACAGCUUGCCAGGAAGUACAAUGUAACACAGGUGUCCAUAAGGAGGCGAGUGAAAG